CCCUGUGAGGCCCGGGAAGGCGCCCGGCUGAGCCGUACCCAGGUUCACCUAAUGAGAGGAAAGAGGGAAAGCCAUGCGGGUUGGCUCCUUUAAGGCCCUCCCUCGUUGAAGCCUCCAGACUGUUCCGGCUUCUUGGCGGAGAGAGCAGAGCGAGCGGGAGAGGCGCGGCUGAGCAUGAGUCUGUGGGCGCGGGUGGGCAUCCUGGGCACCUUGGCGUACUGCAUGCACGGCUCCAGGGGCAGGGCCAUGGCCGAGCCCCGGGGCAGCCCCGCAGGCGGAGCAGGCGAGCGGCCCGAGCUGAAGCUGGUGCUGGUCCUCUUCCGGCACGGAGCCCGCACCCCGCUCAGGCCCAUCCCGGGGGCCCGGCAGGUGGAAUGGAGUCCUUCUCUCCUGGAGAUUCCUGCUAAGACAGAGUUUGACUACACAGUAACAGAUCUCACUGGUGGACCAAAGCCUUAUUCGCCUUAUGAAGAAAACUACCGAAAAAUUACUAUGAAGGGUGGUGUGUUUGCAGGGCAGCUGACAAAAGUAGGCAUGCAGCAGGUCUUUGCAUUGGGAGAACGGCUAAGGAGACGAUACAUCAAGGAGACCAACUUCCUCUCGCCAGCAUUUAAACCAUCUGAGGUCUUUGUCCGAUCCAGUAAUAUUGUUCGGAAUCUGGAGUCCACGAGAUGUUUGCUGGCUGGGUUGUUCCAACAACAGAAAGAAGGACCUAUUACCAUAGUUACAGAUGAAGCAGAAUCAGAAAUACUUUAUCCCAACCCAAUGAACUGCAAGAGGUUGAGACAUAUGAACCGAGAGGGGUUAGCUAAUGCACAAUUGCAGCCAGGCAUUUCUGAGGACCUAAACACCAUCAAACAAAAGAUGGGCAUCAGCGAUGAAAAUGCUGUGGAUUUUUUUCUUCUCUUCGACAACAUCUUUGCAGAACAGGCACAUGAUCUACCAAGCUGUCCUGUUUUGAAGAGUUUUCUGCAAAUUAUUGAACAGAGGGCUGUGGACUUGCUGCUUUACAUCACAAAACAAAAUUUAAGGGAGACUCUUCAAAUGUCAGUUGGACCUCUUCUCUAUGCAAUAGAGGAAAACAUUAGGGGGGCAAUAAAUCCUCCUUCUCCUGAGAUCAAGGCCAGGAAGCUCAUUCUGUAUGCUGUCCACGAUGUCACCCUUUUUCCAUUGCUGAUAGCUCUGGGAGUCUUUAAUUCCAAGUGGCCUCCAUAUGCUGCAGACGUGACCCUAGAGCUGUACCAGCAGUCGAAGGAUUGGUUUAUACGGUUGACCUAUAAUGGUGAGGAACAGGUUCCAGGAGGAUGCAGAGCUGGUCUCUGUCCACUGGAGGACUUCCUGAGUGCUCUUUCGAACUAUAGUGUGAAGCCUGAGGAAUAUAAAAUACUUUGUUCCCAGACAGACACUUUUAACAGAUGACUGAUUAAGAAGAAUGCUUAAAUACGUUGUUAUAACUUCCUCUUUCUCAACCCCAUAAAAGCAAAGCAUUAGUCACUCAUGGUUUAACUUGACAGUUUACAUGUCAUUGUAAUUAGCCUGCCUCAGUAAUGCCCCAUUUUGGAAACAAGCACCAAAAUGAAAAUAUAUGCCACAUACCACAUCUCAAGAUACUCCACAUACUACAAGAAUUGGAAGUGGUUAACCAGACUAUGCCACAAUUCUCUUCGCACAAAGAGCACUAGAUUUAUAGGAUAUCCUACACCUGCCACUUAUUUUGGUUUUUCAUUUUCACUUCAUACUGACAGAGAAUGACCUUCAGCAAUGUUGAAUCUUAACAGACAUCAAUUUCUCACAUAUCCUGGUUAAUAUUUAUCACAUUGAUAUGGGAAAUUAACAAAUUCCCAUCACAUUUUAAUACAUAUAGGACCAAGGACUCUUCCACAUCCAUCUAACUUUAUCUUGGUUCCAGAGUACCUUAGUAACCAUGCUUCUUUUCAGAAACUUCAGCUAUUAUCUAGGAUGAAGUCUAUUACUCAGAACACUGUAGAAGUCACUUUACUGGGUGGUUGGAGAUUGGUUAUAAAAGCAUUACAAAAAUGGCUUUCAUUAUUGAUGCUGCCAAGUUAAAGCUGAGGUUACAGCAGCUCAGAGAGCCUGGAUAGAUAUAACCAGAUGCAAGCAGGUUAAAAGAAUGGCUGUGGACAGUGUCAAGACCACAUUCCAAAUAGUAUUUAAUACCCAAAGCUGUUAAGUGUCAAAGACAUGAAUACUUAUCAGAGGAUUCUAAGUGGUUGCUAUCUGUUGCAACAUGAGUUAAGUUGAGCAGGCUGACUUAGCUUUGUGAUGUUUUGAAAGCACUGCAUAGCACUAGACGGGGGACUUGAAGAAAAAGCCAGUUUUAGUUUGCUGGAAGUUUACAUCUGUAAACAAUGGGAAGUGUUGAACAAUGCUAAUCCAGAAGAACUGGUUGUUACUGCUCUUCAGUUUUUCCUCAGCUGCAUAUAAACAGAAGUUGGAUCCAAAACCAGAUACAAUAAUGAUUGCAACAGAAACUAAACUAUGGUUUCUUGCAGAGAAUGGAAGCUAGGCACAGAUUGAUUGGAACAAAAUGUUAGGUAAAGUUUUGAAAUUCCUAACAAAUGAGGAUUUUCAGCCUUGUGGAUAAAAACCCUUAAGUUAUCAGGUAUAAAUAUCUUAUGGCAUUCAAGUUCCAGCUAUAAAAAGAUAGCAUGUAAGAGAUUUUGGUUGUUUUAAGAGUGCAAGGCACUUGUUACUCUAGAACACAAUUUAGCAUGACUAAACUUCAAGGACCUGUAUAUAAAGUCCCUUAACCCUGUCCCUUAAGCCUCAGCAAAUUUCCCCAGAAUCUGGUUGUAUUGAGGAACAUGAUUUCUAAGACUUGUAGAAAUGCUGCAACCUGUGAAGAUUGCGGUAUGACAAGGCAAAUUGUUUCCCCAGCCCUAUGCACUCAUGAGCGGGAAUGAGACUGUGCUCGCCCUGUCUUUUGUACACUGAGCAGAACUGAAACACAAUUGAGAGCAAAUAAUAAAAUGUGCAAGUAAUACAA